CUGCAACUGGGAUCCGGUUCCUUCAUAGGAACAAGUCAACUUCUUUGUGCUGCUAUGGUGACUUCCCUUCGCCAGCUGUAUAUAAGCAAAUGGAGCUGUUGAAGCCCUGCCCUGCCUGACAUGGAUGCCCCGCCACCAUCAUCUUCCUCAGCUGAGUCCGAGGGCUGUUUCUUCUUGGCGCAGUGAGCCGGACUCGCACUGAUCUUUUUUUCUUUUUUCCGUCAAAUGGAUGUGAAAAAGCCGUUGUUCCGCCCGGCGUAGACCAUGCCGUGAUCCUACUCCAAUCCGAAUAAAUGUUAAAAGCGUGACAGAUAUAAAGUCUGGGGAAUUUACCAAUUCGUGGAAUACAAUCUUGUGCAGCACACAAGCACCAUGAAGAUUUCCUCAUUCCUGAUAUUUAAAGCGAGAUUCAGGCACACCAUAAGGCUGCUGCUGCUGCUGCUGUUACACUGUGUGGGCUGCGCUCAUGGGAUGCCACACGUCCUGAGAUUUGGAGGGAUAUUUGAGUCCAUUGAAAGUGGUCCUUCGGGUGCCGAGGAACUUGCCUUCAAAUUUGCUUUAAACACAAUCAACAGGAACAGAACCUUACUGCCAAACACUACUCUCACCUAUGACAUCCAAAGGAUAAACAUCUAUGACAGCUUUGAAGCCUCAAGGAAAGCUUGUGACCAGCUUUCUCUUGGUGUGGCAGCCAUCUUUGGCCCCUCUCACAGUUCCUCUGCUAAUGCAGUCCAGUCAAUUUGCAAUGCUUUGGGUGUCCCACAUAUUCAGACCAAGUGGAAGCAUCAAGUAUCAGACAACCGAGACACCUAUUAUGUGAGCCUGUUUCCAGACUUCUCCUCCCUCAGCCGGGCUAUUCUGGAUCUAGUCCACUUCUUCAAAUGGAAGACAGUGACUGUGGUUUAUGAUGAUAGCACUGGUCUAAUUCGGUUGCAAGAGCUAAUAAAGGCACCAUCCCGGUACAACAUUCGCUUAAAAAUCCGCCAGCUGCCUGCAGAGACAAAAGAUUCCAAGCCUCUUUUAAAGGAGAUGAAAAGGGGAAAGGAAUUUCAUAUCAUAUUCGACUGUGGUCAUGUGAUGGCUGCUGGGAUCCUUAAGCAGGCUCUAGCUAUGGGAAUGAUGACGGAGUAUUAUCACUACAUCUUCACCACACUGGAUCUGUUUGCACUGGAUGUGGAGCCUUACAGAUACAGUGGUGUAAACAUGACGGGGUUUAGGAUCCUUAAUACCGAGAACAGUCAAGUUGCCUCGAUCAUUGAGAAAUGGUCCAUGGAGAGACUACAGGCUCCACCAAAACCUGACUCUGGUCUACUGGAUGGCUUCAUGACUACGGAUGCCGCGCUGAUGUACGACGCCGUGCAUGUGGUGGCCGUGGCUGUGCAGCAGUCUCAGCAGAUCACUGUCAGUUCAUUACAGUGCAACCGUCACAAGCCUUGGCGCUUUGGAGCGCGCUUCAUGGCCCUCAUCAAAGAGGUAGGAAGCAGACUUUGGCAAAGAUUGGACACUAGUGUCAUGGCUUCAUCUCACCAUCACUACCUGAGGGAUAAGCAACAGGCACACUGGGAUGGCUUGACUGGAAGAAUCUCUUUCAACAGGACCAAUGGCCUGAGAACAGACUUCGACCUUGAUGUUAUUAGUCUCAAAGAAGAGGGUCUUGAGAAGAUUGGUACCUGGGAUCCAGGAAGUGGCCUCAAUAUGACUGACAAUCAGAAGGGAAAGACAACUAAUGUCUCAGAUUCAUUGUCCAAUCGGUCCCUUAUUGUCUCCUCCAUACUGGAGGAGCCAUAUGUAAUGUUCAAGAAAUCUGACACCCCACUUUAUGGGAACAACCGCUUUGAAGGCUACUGCAUUGACCUACUGAGAGAGCUGGCAAACAUCCUGGGCUUUACAUAUGAGAUUCGCCUGGUGGAAGAUGGAAAAUAUGGUGCACAGGAUGAGAACACGGGCCAGUGGAAUGGCAUGGUUAAAGAGCUGAUGGACCACAGAGCUGAUCUGGCAGUGGCUCCCCUCGCCAUCUCAUAUGUGCGUGAGAAAGUUAUUGACUUCUCCAAGCCCUUCAUGACGCUGGGUAUAAGUAUACUGUUCCGCAAGCCCAACGGGACCAACCCCGGGGUCUUCUCCUUCCUCAACCCACUCUCGCCUGAUAUCUGGAUGUAUAUUCUGCUGGCUUACUUGGGUGUCAGUUGUGUGCUGUUUGUCAUAGCCAGGUUUAGUCCCUACGAGUGGCAUAACCCCCAUCCCUGCAACCCUGACUCUGAUGUAGUGGAAAACAAUUUCACCCUGCUUAAUAGUUUCUGGUUCGGAGUUGGAGCUCUCAUGCAGCAAGGAUCUGAGCUCAUGCCAAAAGCUCUCUCUACCAGAAUUGUGGGAGGAAUUUGGUGGUUUUUCACUCUUAUCAUCAUCUCCUCCUACACGGCAAACCUGGCGGCUUUCCUCACUGUGGAGAGGAUGGAGUCGCCGAUUGACUCUGCAGAUGAUCUAGCUAAGCAAACAAAGAUUGAAUAUGGAGUGGUAGAAGAUGGUGCCACAAUGACUUUUUUCAAGAAAACAAAGAUCUCUACAUACGAUAAGAUGUGGGAGUUUAUGAGCAGUCGGAGGCACUCAGUAAUGGUGAAGAAUAUUGAGGAAGGGAUUCACCGUGUACUCACCUCUGACUACGCAUUUCUCAUGGAGUCUACGACCAUCGAGUUUGUAACCCAACGCAACUGCAACCUCACACAGAUUGGAGGCCUUAUUGACUCCAAAGCUUAUGGGGUUGGAACACCAAUGGGAUCUCCAUACAGAGAUAAGAUCACUAUUGCCAUUCUGCAACUUCAGGAAGAAGGGAAACUGCACAUGAUGAAGGAGAAAUGGUGGCGAGGAAAUGGUUGUCCAGAGGAGGAGAGUAAGGAGGCCAGCGCCCUUGGUGUGCAGAACAUCGGUGGGAUCUUCAUUGUCCUGGCAGCUGGACUUGUUCUCUCUGUGUUUGUGGCUGUUGGAGAGUUCCUGUACAAGUCCAAACAGAAUGCACAGCUGGAAAAGAGGUCAUUCUGCAGUGCCAUGGUGGACGAACUGCGGGUUUCCCUCAAGUGUCAGCGGCAGCUCAAACACAAGCCCCAGCCGCCUGUCAUGGUGAAAACAGAGGAGGUCAUCAACAUGCACACCUUCAACGACCGAAGACUGCCAGGGAAAGAGACCAUGGCCUAAAGCAGGAAUCUCUGUCAUUUACUCACCCAGUCUCAUGUACUGAGUUGGUGUGUGAAGACACUUGGAAAAAUGGUAUGGGAAAAUGGUAGAGGGAAACAAUAAGUUGGCAUGGUUGAAAGUUCUGGUUAUAGAGCAGGAUUUAUUUGCAGCAUAUGUUGUUGAAAUGUAAUUCUUCUGUCUUUCUAAUUAGCUACAGGUAAGAUAUUCAAUGAUAUUUCCUGUGGAAAUAACUUCAAUCCGGGUGAAAUUUCAGCAAGAUACCUCAUUACAACACUGGAAACGAAUGAGAAGUGUCAGGAUUUAAAAAGAAAUAUAUUGAAUUGAAAAAUAAAACGAGUGGAAUCACACGUUUGAUCUCAUUCCUCAGUCACUGCAGAGACUGAAAGUGCACCUCAAAUAAAAUGAAAUGGGAGCAAAAAUAUAUACAUUUUUUUUGGUAUGGCUAAAUUUGAUCUCAUUCUGACUGCAAUGAUGAGCAGAGUUCUCAAAAUGUACAAAGAAGCACCGUUUGGUCACAUACAAUAUUGACUGACAUCCAAAAUGGACAUAAUGCAAAACAUCAUGAGGCAAUAACUGAAUUUAUGUGUUUGUCUUUCAGAAUACUGACACUUUUAGCUUUUAAUAGGGGUUAGGUUAUUAAAAAACCCAAGAUGAACUAAAAUCAGAUAAUGCAAAUCUAGGGGCAAUAUAUAGUGAAUUGUUUAUGUACAUUUGUCAGCUGGUGUAGAGAUCCUUCAGAGGUUCACACAACUUUGACAGUGAAUAGCGACCAUCAUGGUUGGCUGUUAUAUAAGAAUUCUCAGUUUUGGAUCCUGUAUUAAGCACCAGAUGGCUCGGAUUCUGCUAGUUGUGGUUAUGAACCACAUGCUGCUGCUCACAGCUGUCUGCACAGUGAAACCUCAUUACACUACAAAGCAUCAUGGAGAGGUACAAUAUGAUGAGAAUGCCAUUUGUUUUCAUUGUAAAACGAUUAGGACCAAUCAGUCAUUGGAGAUGCAGAAUAAGAAUUGUAGUAGCUAUGUUCUCAGUCACUAAAAUACCUGUGGUUGGCAUAGUCACAGAAACUAGUGUACUGCAGAAUCAUUAGGGCAACAACGGCCAUGUUUCUAUUGAACACCAUGAAGGGAUCCUUUGUCUGAAGACAAACUUUCAUUCAGUGGCUCACAAAGUCAGAAUUCACAGCAAUCACACAACAAAGAGACUAUUUAUUCAGUAUUUAUACUUUUAUUUAUUGGACCUUUAUUUAUGUCUGUAUGGAAUAGAUUCUCACUACAACUUUGUCACAGCCUCUGUAUUAACCCUUUGCAGUGUCGAGGCUCCAUUUUAAUUUUCUACUCAUGGCUUUUCAUUUCUUCAGCAACAAUGCUCCACAUUUACUUGUGCAAAUGUGUUUUCUAUAUAAGGUGAUUUUGUACAAGGUGAAUCAGAAUUUUAUAAUAAUUUUUAUCAACACAAAACACAACAUAAAGAGCAUCAUCCAGUGUAAGGAGUCACUGUUGCCAUGUGACUCAGGAGUCCACAUCUCAUAAACACUCUCACAUCCUCACACACAGGAACCUGAAUACAGUCUUACAACAUACACAAUAUUCUGGUAUAGCAUUAGUCACUCAACAUUUUAAAGGGGGAAAUAAACUAUUUUUUAUGGUAUAAAGGAAUCAUAUUUAAAUAAAGAUAUUUUUACUUCACAAGAAAUCAAAAUGUCAGUUCUGGUUAUAGUGAAUAUCUCAUACACAACAUGGAUUUUGAUGCUGGGCCUUUGACUGAUAGACUGAUAAAUCCAGUGCUGUGCAAUGAUUUCUAAUGGUUUUAAAAAGGAGGGAUCUAUUAGAAAACGGAGUGUCUAAUAAAUGUUGACCUUGUGAAAAACAAAAUGCAAUGCACACCGUUUACCCUUUGAAGUAAAUGCACAACUUUAAAGAAAAUAAAGUUCUUCUCAACUUUU